AUGCUCAUCAAAGUCUGUCGGACUGGAAGAGAACGCCAGAUAGUCCGCGUGUCCGAUAAUGUCACAGUUUUGGCCCUCAAAAAAGCCAUCCAGCGGCAAUUGAAGAUUCCCAUUGCCGAGCAGAAUCUUACCUUCAACGGACUUAUUCUAGAGGACAACAAACUCCUAUCGGAAUAUGGACUCUUCGACAAUUGUAUUGUUCUUCUUUUCCUCCGUCUUGGAUUCAAGCCUGAUUUCGAGGUUACCAUCUUGCUGCCAACCAGAAAGAAAUUGAUUCUUGAUGUAUCUGGAGAGAAUACCAUUGGUGAACUCAAGAAACUCAUUGAAAAAAAGAUUGGUCUUAAAUUGACCUCCGCAGAACUAAUCUACGAUCAUUGGGUGCUUGAAGACGGACGCAAACUGAUAGAAUACGACAUUACUAGCGGUUCCACUAUUCUGCUGGCGCACGAAUUGCGCUCUGGAUCAAGUCUGGAGCUUCGAGACUCCACACACACCAGACACACUCAAAUAAUGCCUGAGCCCAUGUCUUCUUGCCGUCUUCACCAAAAAUGUGAAUUGGCUGUCAAUGCUAACAGUAUAGACGAAACUGACAGGGAAGAUGAGGAAGAAGAUCUGAAAAAUCUAAUAACUGUCAUCUUUCUGGCUAAGACUGGCUCGCCCAUCGCUUUGAGAGUACAUCCCAGCACUCCGCUGGGGGAAGUACGUGGCAAGCUGGCCCGGGUUCUUCAUAUUCCCUCUAAUUCUAUGUUGUUUGUACGCGACGGAAAGUCGCUUGAUCCUGCCAAAACCUUUGCGCAGUACGAUAUUUCACAUGGUGAAUCGGUGUGUCUGUUGUCAGAGGCUCACGUGGCAGAGAACUCAUGCUUCUGGUACUCAUCGGAGGAGGAGAGCAAUGAGCCAAAAAUUCGCAUUAUUGUUCAGUCCAAGAGUGGUCAGACUCUCGCUUGUCAUGUCCGUGGAAGCACAAAGAUUGGUUCACUCAAACGACGUCUGGAAAGGGAGGUUGGUGUUCCCAGAGCCAAAAUGGGUCUCUUCUAUCAACAGAAACUUCUCAGCGAUGAAGCCUUAGUGAGCGAUUAUGAACUCUCCGAUGGAGCUCUCAUCUAUUUGCGAUAUUAA